CCUACAACGGCUAUGGCUGCAAAAGAUGUGUGUCCAGCGAUUGGUAUUGAUCUCGGAACAACUUACUCAUGUGUUGGAAUUUGGCAACAGGAUCGCGUUGAGAUCAUAGCUAAUGACCAGGGCAACAGAACGACACCAUCUUAUGUUGCUUUUACCAACAAUGGUCGUUUGAUUGGCGAUGCCGCUAAGAAUCAAGUCUCUACGAACCCUACUAACACUGUAUUUGAUGCAAAGCGGUUGAUUGGUAGGAGAUUCAGCGAUCCCUCUGUUAGGAGUGACAUGAAGUUGUGACCUUUCAAGGUUCGUGGUGUGAGGGACAAACCCGUAAUUGUGGUUAACUACAAUAAUGUGGAGAAGAAGUUUGCUGCUGAGGAAAUAUCUUCCAUGAUUCUCGUUAAAAUGCGUGAAAUAGCAGAGGCCUACAUCGGAUCAACAGUAAAAGAUGUUGUUAUAACUGUGUCGGCAUACUUCAAUGACUUUCAGCGACAGGCUACAAAAGAUGCUGGUUUGAUUGCUGGUAUGAAUGUCAUACGUAUUAUCAAUGAGCCAACGGCAGCUGCCAUUGCCUAUGGUCUUAACAAAAAAGGCACAAUUGUUCGUGGAAAAAAUGUUCUUAUAUUUGAUCUUGGUGGUGGUACUUUUGAUGUUUCUCUUCUCAAGAUUGAAGAAGUAAUUUUUGAGGUGAAAGCUACUGCAGGAGAUACUCAUCUUGGGGGUGAAGAUUUUGACAAUAGAAUGGUGACCUAUUUCAUACAAGAGUUUAAGAGGAAGCACGGAAAGGAC